AUGAGCAGCCACGGCGGGGGCUCCAAUGGCGGCGACACGACCACCCAUGCGGAGAGCAACCCCGACCUGUACAACUUCAUGGUCGCGGACGCGGUGCAGGCUCUGCCGGAGUGCACGCUGCUGCUCGACGCCAGCGGCGCCGUUCUGACGGCCUCGCGCGGGGCUCGGGUCGUCUUCGGGGACGACCCCGAGUAUCUCGUCGGGAAGGCGAUCCUGAGCUUCCUGGAUGUGGCCGGCGCGGCCAAGGUGUCGCACUGGAUCCUCCACAACUACCAGGAGGUGCGGGAGGGCUGCGAACCGCAUCCCCCGGAAUGCGUCCCCGUCAAAGUGCUACAUUCUGAGGGCGCUGAGAGCAGCGCACAGCUCCGCAUGCAAUGGAUCCAGGACGAAGAGUUCCCGGCCGGGGCGAUCAAGUCCACGGUGCCAGGGAGCAGUUCCUUCUACGUGGCGUGCACGGUCGCGCUGGAACCCGUCCUGCCGCCCCCGGAGCUCAGCAAGCCCGAGCAGGACGGCAGGGACGUCCUCGACCUCGGGAGCGGGUCCCCCGCGGACAGCGAGGACGAGGACGCCAGCUCGCGGCUCGCGGUGAGCCGGCGCGAGAGCCUGCAGCCUGCCGCCCUGGGCACCCUCCUCUCCGACGUCACCGGCGCCCCGAUGCCGUUCCUGAUGCUGCGGCCGGCCGGCGAGGUCCUCGCGGUCUCGGAGAGCUUCACGGACGCCCCGCUCGGCUGCCGCGCCGCGGACCUGCGCGGCCGCAACCUGCCCGACCUCAUUCACCCCGACGACACCCCCGCCGUGCUCAAGGCGCUGGACGACUCCUUCCGCGGGCCGCGCGUCGCCCAGAUGCGCGUCCACACGCAGCUCGAGGCGGGCGCGGGCGUCACGGGCGGCGGGUCGGUGCCCGUGGAGGUGCUGCUGUAUCGGCCCGCGUGGCCGUGCACGGAGGACGUGGUGCUAGCCGCCGUGAUGCCGAUGCACCUGCACCUGGAGGCGCUGGCGCAGGCGCGGCGCCUCCAGGUGUACCUCGAAGUGUGCCCGAUGUUCAUCUUCCGCGCCAACCCUCUGCUGGAUGUUGUGUCUGCGUCGGAGUUGUACCUCCAGGUCUCCGGAGCGGCAGCGGACGAAGCGACCGGCUGGAACAUCCUUCCUAGCAUCGACGAGGCGGACGCCCCGGAGGUUCUGCGCGUCGUCAAGGACCUGCAGAAGCAGAUGCGCGCCGCCGAUGACCCUGAGACCUCGCUGCCUGACGACCCCAAGACAUCGGCCACCCAAGCUCGCGUGGAAUCCAAGCGCCUGAAGUACCGUCGCGUGAUCCGCGGCCGGAAGGUCGCCGUGGACGCGACGAUCGCCGUCGUGCACGUCUCGUGCAUCUGGGAGCUGCUCAUCAUCGAGCGCCCGAUCAACCCCAGCGACCUGCCCCCGGUGGAGGCCCCCCGGCCCGUGGUCAUGUCGGAGUGCAUCCCGCCCCCCGCGCAGGGCCUCUCGCCGCCGCGGGACGCCGUCCUCUCCGGCGUCAUGCGCUCGGCCCCGCUCGUCGUAUCGCGCAAGCCCGGCGCGCGGUUCGCGCCGUCGCCGCGCCCCACUGUCGCCGCCACGGACGGCGCAGUGACGCAUACCAUGCAGCACGUGCGGUCGCUGGGGCGCUCGACCUCCCGCGCGAGCCGCAGGUCGCCCAGCAGCGGUGCGCUCACAGUCGACGGCAGCCAGACGGGCAGCCGGCCCGGGAGCCGCACGGAGGCGGCGAUGGAGCGGACGCUGUCUGGGCGGUCGAUGACAGCGCGCCGGCCGCUGCUGGCGACGGGGCUGUUCGGGCGAUCCUUCUCGGAGGGGCGGACCGCGCGCAGGCAGCCGGCGCCCUCGGACGGACCCGGCGCGGACCUGGCGCUCAUGGGGCACCUGGCGCGCACCGGGAGCGGCGCGGCGCUCAGCACGCUGCGCGCACGGCACGGCCCUCAGGCGCCGUGGCUGGCGACGGGGCUCGAGGCCAUCGGCGGCGCGAUGCUGAUGGUGCACGACGAGAACGGGAACCUGCUGUACCGGUCGCCGCAAGUGGGCGACGUCCUGAGUCCUGCCGCGGACAGCGUCUCGGAGCGCGGCCUGUUCGGCGCGCUCGAGCUCGCGCAGGGCCCGGCGUCCGCGCAGGCGGUGCGCAACGCGCUGCAGGUCGCCGUCCGCGACGGCAAGCUGCCGUACUCCCGGCGGCCUUGGCUGAGUCAGGCCCGGCAUGCGUCGGGGCGGCGGAUCCUGCUGGCCUACAGCUUCGCGUUCCUCCGCGCCGCGCACGGCGGCAUCCAGGCAGCCGUCGUGUGCCGCGACGCCACGGACUACGCGCGCGGGCUGCCGUCACCCCGCCCGCCGCUGUCCCGGAGCGGGGAGUGCAUCGCCACCGUCGACCUGGAGCUUGACGCGGAGGGGCGCGUCCUGCGGGUCGCGGGGGACUGCGUGGCGGUGCUCGGGCGGCUCCCCGGCGCCGUGUCGGGCGCGCUGCUGCUCGACCUGGUCCACAAGGGCGACCGCGCACUGGUGGCGCAGCACCUGACGUCGGCGGUGGUGGCCGCGCAGGGGGCGGCGGCGGGGCUCGGUGCGGAGGAGGGGCCGGUCGGGCCGAUCCUGUUCUCGCCGAAGAUGAUCUCGGAGGGCAACUACCGCGAGCGAAUCAAGGCCGCCGUCGCGGCGGGUGCAGGCACGACGGUGCACGGCGGCGUCGUCGCCGCGGCCAUCCGCUCGGUGCCGCGACUGCCGCGCUUCGUCGAGGGGAGCUUCUUCGCGCAGCCGGCUGCCGGGGCCAGCGAGGGCGCGGCCGUGCGGAUCCGCAUGACGGACGCGACCCGCGCCGUGCGCACCCGCGCCCAGGCGGCCGUUGCGGACGCCCUCCUGGACAUCGUGCCCGCCGCUAUCGUGCACAUCGACACGUCCGGGCGCGCGACGCGGGCGUCCACCGCUGCGAAGCACAUCAUCACUGGCCUGGUUGCGCGCCCGGGGGGCGGGACCGACCCUGUGGAGCAGCUGCCUGCGUGGGCGGCGAACCCGCAGGUCGUCGCGGAAGUGCGAGCGUUCGACGCGCAGGCGUGCAAGCUCCUGCAGGCGCAGCCGCCGCCGGCGGGCGUGCUGCCGCCGGGGUCCCUGCCGUGCAAGACGUUCCAUUCGCCGCCGCUGCCGCCGGAACUGUCCUCCGCGGGGGUCUCGGAACACCUCCCCGCGAUGUACCGCAUAUGGCUCCCGAGGCUCCCGCUCGGGGUGAAGCCGGAGACCGGGCUCAUGACGCUCGACCCGCCGCAGGGGAUGCAGGGGCUGUACGCGCCGUCGCGCCCCGCUGGACGGCACCAGGCCGCCUCGUGGCGCGGCGGACAUGGCUCGGGGGGCAGUGGCCGAGGGGACUCCGGCGCCAACACCCCGCCGCGAAGCAACCUGGGUGGCUACGGCGACCCGGCGUACCAGGCCCAGACGAUCGGGCAGGCCGUUCUCCGCUCGCCCGCGGGCGGCGGCAAGCUCUCGCAUUCAGGCGGCGUCCCGCUGACGCAGCGGCGCCCCCAGCGCAGCCUGAGCGCGUUCAUCCCGACGAGAAACGUCUCGAACCAGAACCACGCUCGUGCGCCGCAAACUCGGCUCGACGCCGGCUUCGCGCCCCGGCGCGACCAGUUCCAGUCGCACCUGCACGGCGGCGCGGAUCUCACGCCGAACAAGCUCUCGGCGCUCCUGGACUGGCAGGCCGGGCUGCAGACGCUCCCGUACCAGCCUGUGGUCGGGCCGGCGACGCAGCACCUGGAGCCGUUCGUGCGGCAGUUGAUCUACCACGUGUGCACGCGCGACGUCACCGCGCUCAACCAGGCGCUCCUGCGCGUGCACCUCGACCUGGGGUACGCGAGCGUGAUGCAGGCCGCGGCGACGACGCCCCUGCUGCCUGGUGGCGGCAACAUCGUGCACGUCGCGGCCACGAUGGGGCAGACCGCGGCCGUGACGGCCAUUGCAGCAGCGGGCAUGGCCGGAGCCGCGGCGCUGGACAGCGUCGACUCGAUGGGCAACACGCCGCUGCACUGCGCCGCCGCCGCGGGGCACGCAGACUGCGUCGUGCAGCUGCUCACGCUGGGCCUGUCGGCGGCGACCCUGAACUCGGUGGGCCAGGCGCCCGCGGACAUGGCCGAGGUCGCGGGGCACGUCCAGGUGGCGCGCUUGCUGCGGCAGCACCUGGCCGCGGGCCUCUUCUGA